AUGUCUGAUUUUCAGCUAGAAAUUCUGUUGAAAUUAAACGAAUUGGGAACAAUCGGAUCAACACUCGAAGUGUUCCCAAAUAUCGAUCCUCAAAUAGUUCUGUCUUCGCUCAACUCGCUGAAAGCUCAUGGGAAACUAGAUUACACGAAACAGGACAAAAAUUACUUCACUUUGACGAAAGAAGGUGAUGAAAUCGUUGCGAAAGGGUCUCACGAGAUGAGACUGCUACAGUUGGUGAACAAGUUCAGUAAACUACAAAUCAAAGAGGUUGCCACGCAUAUGGGUGCGGACGGAAAGAUUGGACAAGCAAAAGCUUUCAAAAACGGGUGGAUCUCGAAAAACAAGGACAACGAACUGACCGUCAGCGACAAAAUCUCUUCAGUCGACGCGGUCGUCGAUGAGACAAGAGAUCUGCUGGUGAAAAUCCAGAAGGGAGAGUACAAGUCUGUCGACGAUAAGACGCUCAAUGACCUGAAAAAGCGUAAGUUGAUCACUGCCAAGAAGGAAACUGGUUUCCAAGUCGUCAAGGGCGCCGAUUUCUCGACCGAGCUCACCAAGCUCGAGACGGACCUGACUGCCGGCAUGGUGGCCUCGGGAACCUACAAGGACCUCAAGUUCAAGCCUUACAACUUCAACUCGGAAGGUAUUUUCCCCGAGUCCGGUGCUCUGCAUCCUCUGUCCAAAGUACGGGAAGAGUUCAGACAAAUUUUCUUCUCCAUGGGAUUCCAAGAAAUGCCCUCCAACCAAUACGUGGACACCGGGUUCUGGAAUUUCGACGCUUUGUACGUUCCUCAACAACAUCCUGCGCGUGAUCUACAAGAUACCUUCUAUUUGAAGGAUCCAAUCAAGAGCGAUCUGCCAGAUGACAAAGAGUACAUGGAAAACAUUAAAGCUGUUCACGAGCAAGGUAAAUACGAUUCCAUCGGGUACCGUUACAACUGGAAACCCGAGGAGUCGCAGAAGCUAGUCUUGAGAACGCACACCACUGCCAUUUCGGCAUACAUGUUAAAGAAGCUGGCAGAAAACCCCAAGCCCACAAGACUCUUCUCAAUCGACAGAGUUUUCCGUAACGAGGCUGUGGAUGCGACUCACUUGGCCGAGUUUCACCAAGUCGAAGGUGUCCUGGCCGACUACAAUCUAACGCUGGGUGACCUGAUUAAAUUCAUGGAAGGAUUCUUCGAAAAGAUGGGCGUCACUGGCCUACGUUUCAAGCCCACUUACAAUCCAUACACCGAGCCAUCUAUGGAGAUCUACUCGUGGCACGAGGGUCUAGAAAAAUGGGUUGAAAUCGGUAACUCCGGUAUGUUCAGACCUGAAAUGUUGGAAUCCAUGGGGCUUCCUCCAAACAUGAGAGUGCUGGGUUGGGGUCUAUCUUUAGAGAGACCCACCAUGAUCAAGUAUGGCGUGCAAAACAUCAGAGAACUUCUGGGUCACAAGGUCUCUCUCGAUUUCAUCGAGACCAACCCAGCUGCCAGACUGGACGAGGAUCUAUACGAAUAA